ACCUUGAUGUAUAUAUACAUACUUGAACUUCAAUCAAGCUAUAGCAAGCUUCUUCCAAUGGAAGAUGAAGAUCAGAAAGAACUGCAGCUACUCCCUAGUACUCCACAAGGGCUGCCUUCUUCUUGUUCUUCUUCUUCUUCUUCCCGUGGACGGCCGUCGGAUUCGUUGAAGUACCUGUCACCAGCGGAUAAUCAGUUUGAAGGGCCAUCACUUGACUUGCAGUUAUCGAUAAGCCUCCGGCCACUACAGUCGCCACCGGACUGCGUCCUGGCAGGACCCAUUGGCGAGUAUGGGGAGACGGGGUGCUUGGCGGCGUUGAAGUGGCAGGCUAAGGAGCAAAUUCGAUUGGCAGCAAUGGAGAAAGCGUAUGCAGAGAGAGUAAGGGAGCUUACGAGGAAGGAGAUGGAGUUGGCACAGUCGGAGUUCGCGCGUGCAAGGCAUAUGUGGGAGAGGGCCCGGGAGGAGGUGGAGCGGGCUGAGCGGAUGAGGGACCAGGCGAUCCGCCGGGUCGACCCAACGGGCAUGGAGAUCACCUGCCAGUCUUGCAGGCAGAGGUUCAGGCCUUGAUGCUGCAAACAAAAAAGGGGGAAAAAAUGGGAACUUCAAGACUUAAGUGUUUGAUCAACAAAUGAAGAAAAGGGUGAAGAACAACACAUAAAGUCAUGGAAAAGGGAAAAUUCAAUUCACUGCCCCUUCUACAUAUUCCAGUGCAUUAAUAUUCUGUAUCAUGGUCAAUUAUUCAACUGAUCAAUGAUUUAUUUAUUUAUUUAUUUUCAUAAAAAUGCAGGGAUACAAGUUGCCAGUGAUGAGUUUGGAAUUCAUUUUAUAAUUGGAGAAGGAAUAAACUUGUUUGCAAGCA